AGGAAUUAUGUGGUAUAUAUAAUUCUUCUCAUUUCUUAAUGCCUAAAGAGCAUUUUCCUUUAAUUGGACGAUCUUUGUAUCGUGAUGUAAAUGCUGAGACAGUCUAUUUGCCUCAUCAUGUGAAGGCCGACAAUACGAAGCCAUCGGUUGCUCUAAGAUCUGAACCAUCUGGAAAUUGUCUAUACAGCUCUGCUUCUCUGGCCUUGGUUGGAAGCAAUGCUCUCAUUCACACUUUGAGAGCUAUGGUAUCUAUAGAGCUUUUUAUAUAUGCAAAUUAUUAUUGUUAUCAUCCAAUAUUCACUUCCACCUUAGAGAAGCAUGGUGACAAGGUCUCUGUUAGUGCAAAAAAUGUUUUGGCUAUGUCCUGUUGUUUUGAAAGUGUGGAUUCACGUUUAUCAGGGCUUGAUCUUGUUAAAAUGGAAGCUCUUUGCAACUGUAGAGAUAAAAUUUGGGGUAGUUUUUGUGUAUACUUGCUCUCUCCUCAGUUACUAAUAGAAUCAUUUCUUUGAUGUAUCCUGAUUGUGGAGAAGUUUCUUUUAAGUUGUUAUUCAACCAAAUUAUUUCACCUCGUCUUCCUUUACCAACACCACCUACUCAAUAUAACUAUUUAUACCUCUUGUUUUGUUCUACAACUCUAUUGACUUCUAGUAAAGUCUUUAAGCCAAAUCACUUUGCACCUCUUAUUUUCAAACCUAUCAGUAAAACUAAAAGAAAGGCUUCUGCUUUGUUAGAAAAAGCUAACAAGAAAAUUCCUCAUGUUCAGGCAAAGUUGAAAGGAGAGUCUUCUACUGUUAACAUUUCUAAUUUUUUUCAACCAGUUUCAACCCCAGCAAGUAAUAAGGCUAAACAAUUUAUUUUGCCCAAAUUAU